GGGUCCCACUUCACCGGAGUCUCAGUUUGAACAAAACCCCUAUAACCCUCCAAGCCGUUAACUUUAUAGUGAGGAGCUUCAUUGUCUAAUUUUGCAAUAGGGAGUUGAAGGAAAAGUAAAAAGGAAUGGGUAGUGAAAUUGAAAGUGGUCUGGAAGAGAAAUUGACGUCUUUGCUGGAGCAGCUGCAGGCCGAAUGCGGGAUUUUUGAGAGGAUUGUUUACAAGAACAAGAACCAGCACAGGAGAUGCUCCUAUUUCCAGUACCUGCUCAAGGUGAGAAGGGAUUUGAGGCUGUUGCAAUCUGCUAAACUGGAAGAGCUUGUGGGUUCUUGCUUCCAAGUUAUCACUGGCAGGAAACCCAAGCAAAAGAUGUAUCUGCUAGAGAGCUUGAAGUGGAGGCAAACUGACUCUGGAGUACCCAAUUUUUUGGAGAGACUUCUGGGAGCUGCACGCUUACUGUCACAGAUGGUUGAGCCAAUUUUGAAGGCAGCAACGUAUCCUGUUUUGCUAGCUAGGGGAGGUAUCUAUUUUGCUUGCACGCUCUUUCUUCAUGGAGUUUUGUUUGGCAGUUUUGGCACUGCUUGCACGCCUUAGAGUUUUGGUUCAGCAGAUAUUGCUUGAUGUUGUUUCACUGUCCAACACGGUAUCUUCGAUUGCCCAGAAUAAGCAGUCUGUGAAAGUAAAUCAGAAAGGAAUAGAGGUCUUUCGAGAGUAUUAUCCGACGAACAAGGAAUUUACCACCCUAGAGUGUGUUUGGAAAGUCGAUAAAUUUGUGUUACUCGAAAGAGUACAGAAAACUGAGGUAAAAGAAGAUGAGGAGACCAUCAAAGAUGCCAACAACGAAAGAAAAGCUAUACGGUAUCGAAGUAUUAAGGCAUUUCUUAGAGAGAUUAAUGAUGAUGAUGAUGAUGACGUUGAAAAGAUGGAAGUCGAGCACCCCGUCAAAGAAGACCCUUCUCUCGUGAAGAAAGACGAGGGCUUGACAGCUGCUGGAUCCCCAAUUCCGAAAGAGAGUGAGCAUCAGGAGCAAGGCGAUGGUAUUGAAAUGGAGGAUGACUUUCGAGCAAGUCCUGGGAAAGGAGGCGAUGUGAAUGCUACCUCAAGCUCUUCCCCGGCUGCAGAAACAUCUACACCAAACUCCAGUAGUUCAAGGCAAGUGGCAUUCGUUUCAGUGAAAAGACCUGCUGCACCUCCUACAUCUGCUGCUGGUGCAUUCAUAGCUGUUAAAAGGCCUGCAACAUCGACUUCGAACGUGACCACACCAGCACAUUCAAGGGAUAGUGGAAAGGAAGCAGAUGGCAAGGAGGAUUCUCUUUUCAAUUUGCUUACUGAUGGUGCAAACCUCAAGAAUAGUCUCUUCUGAUCCCAAUGCCUUGGAUUAACUUAUUGGUUCAUUUGUGCAGAGAGGAUUGUGAUGUAGGGAAGCAAAAUGUUUUGAAUGGAUAGGGAAUUGUUCGUUAGGAAAGCACUUAAUAUGUAAUGAAAUGUAACUUGCCUAGACAGACACUGUUUGUUAGAGCUAGCUUAUGACCCAUCAUGAGGAUAUUUAAAUGUUCUCGUCCUCUUCAAAGAAACCAUCUCAAUGGGAUUGGUUUCCCGCUAUUUUGGAUCCACUGGCCAUUAUGAGAAGAAAUGAAUGUGUGAUGUUACA